UCACUUGCCGCGAGCCACGAAGCGGCGGCGCGGACGUCACCGCAGCCGUCAGCGCUUGCCGCAUCUUUAGGCUCACUCUGGACCAGCCGCAGACACAGCUGCAGGACCUCUCUGGACCAGCUCAGUCGCAGACUGCGCCAUCACCGGACCACUGCGGCAAACCAGCCCAGCCGAGCCGAGCACUAGCCAUGGCCGACCCCGAGAAGCAGGGACCCGCUGAGAGCCGCGCCGAAGACGAGGUAAUGGAGGGUGCCCAGGGUGGCGAGGAUGCGGCAACCGGCGCCGACGGUGCCGCUGCGCCCGCGGCCGAGGAGCCCCAGGCCCCCGCGGAGAACGCGCCCAAGCCCAAGAACGAAUUUAUCGAGAGCCUGCCCAAUUCUGUCAAGUGCCGGGUCCUGGCGCUCAAAAAGCUGCAGAAGCGCUGCGAUAAGAUCGAGGCCAAAUUUGACAAGGAGUUCCAGGCUCUGGAGAAGAAGUACAACGACAUCUACAAGCCUCUUCUCGCCAAGAUCCAGGAGCUCACCGGGGAGAUGGAGGGCUGCGCGUGGACCCUGGAGGAGGAAGAUGAUGAUGACGACGACGAGGAAGACGACACCGAGGACGAGGAAGAGGAGGCAGCGGCUGGCGCAACCGGGGGUCCCGACGACCUCAAGAAGUGAACACAGCAGCUGACAGGUGAUAAAUCCCCUGCCCCUUUCAUUUCCGAUGUCGGCAGACUUUAAAAGGCUCAGGUUUUGCCCAAAAAUUAAAAUGUGAAUCUAUUCUGACAUUCCUAAAUUUAAAUUGAAUCAAGUAGAUUUUGGCUAGCCCGUUUCUAAUCUGACUUUUACUUGUGUAAAAACAGAUGCCAAAAGACGUUUUUAAGAAAAAAAGCCUAAUUAAGCUUAAUUUUUUUUUCUCCCUGCUCUUCUGUGAGAACUGGACUUGAGACUGAUGACAGGUUGUCAGAUAAAUGUGAAGUGCGUCACACGUUGAAAUCCAUUCAUCACACUACACCUGAACACCUAAGCUAAGACUGAACUCUUCUCAAUGCUUAAUUCUUCAGUUUCUUUACAUUUCUCAGCGCAGAGGAAAAGGAUCCCAAGAAAGACGUCAUCUUUUAAGACUUUUGCGUUUGCAAACCCAGACAUCAGCUUUACACUCCGGAGGAGACGUGGCAUGGAGGAAGCCUGGACUGAUGGCAUGACACUACUGUUUAUGAGGCUAGGGAAACUGCCAUUUAAAAUUAUGGAAAAUGUUUUGAAUAUUUGAGUUUACAGAAAGAACACGGUUCCAAGACAGAGGGUGUAUUACAUGUACAAUAUUGUCAACACGUGUUCAUUUAUUGUGGUCUCAUGUUGCCUGUUUUCUUGGUAGUGUUGUUUACAAAAUUGUGAAAAUUACCCCCAAGUGUUUUAAGUAUUAAAUCACCCUAUAGCAUUUUAGAAAUAUAAUUUACUUGAAGAGAUGUAGAAUGUAGCAAUCCUGUAAAGCAUGUGUAUCCAGUGUUGCGUAGUUUGACCUUUGUGAAGUCUUUUUUGUCUUGUAGCUUUUAGCAAGCAGCUGUGAAAACCAUCAGAACUCCUCAAUGAAGCUAAUGUUUGGGAAAAAUGUAUACUUGAAGAAUAAAACCAAGUGUGUAUCCCCACCCCCAGCUCAGAAAUAGAAAGGGUUUAAGUUUGCUUGUAUUAGCUGUGCCUUCAUUAUUUUGCUAUGUAAAUGUGACAUUAAAUGGUGCACAAUCAAAUUUUAUUGCUUAAGGAAGAAUGGCAUACAGGAAGGACUUCUGGGAAAGACAUUUAAUGUAAAGGCCUUUAGCUUCUUUGUGAGUUUUGAAUUAUCUGUGAACCAAUGUUCUGUAAAGAGUACAAACAUAACAUUGUUUACCACUGUGGUGUUAUCAAAACAGUAUUUUCAAAAAAUAAAAAGACUUGUUAUUCUGAC